GUGAGUGUUGCGUGGAGUGCGGUGGUGAGUUGCUGAAUGAGGUGAACUUCGUUUGUUAGCGGUCGGUACUCAGUCAAGGCAGCGCCAUUCCUGGACUUCUCAUACCUGAGUUUUUGGGUCGGCUGACUCUCCACCUCUCUAGCCCUACUCGCCUUGGGCGAGUUUUGCCGCCUGGGUUAUGUGGAACGAGGGCCCCUAGACUUUGGCUUUCGCCGCUGUCAUUGCUAGUGAAGUAGUUGGGGGCUCUGGGUCGCAGUUUCGACUUUACUCCCCUUUUCCAGCAGGUCUUCCUUGAGCUCCUGCCCCAUUUCAGGACGUUUCUGAUCCACGUGAGUAGAACUGGGCAUUGCUCCUUGUGCCUCUUCUUCAGAUUCGUGGACUGGAAUGUUAUAGACCCCAGAGGAUUCCUGCUCUGUACCGUGGUUUGGGGCUUGCGACGUUGGAUGUCCGGGGAUCGUUAUUUUAUAGAGAGAACUCACCUGCCUUCGUUGCUAUUAAGUAGCCUCAAAAGCAGCACCUUAAUUUCUAAGGAAGAAACGGAAAUCUUUUUAAAAGUUGCACUUUCACUCUCUGCCUCUGACUUCCAAAACCUUAAUUUUGCUGUAGAAGUAAGGAUUUUUGGUGCUGAUCUCACUGCAUAAUGACUUUCUGUUUGUCUGGCGUUGGAAGCUUUACUAAACUUUGGAAGAGCAAGUCGGUAUGGCUAGGCCCAGGACACUCUUACUUGUGUCUCUUUCUCACAGAGUUCUGUGGCAUCAGGAACCACCAGAGGUGGUUUUCUCUUAAAAAAACAUGUCUGCAAAAUACCAAAUCAAUUAAUCUGCUAAUUGCCAAGGCCAGACAUCUCAAAAAAGAUGAGGACAGUAGUAAGCACGUUUCUUCUGGUUUUUCUGGUCUUUUUUCAGCAGGAGCAGCUAAGAAGAGAUCACAGAUGAAUCGUCAGAAUAAAGAUCAUGAAUUGCCACCUGUAAAGAACACUAUACAACUCCCAACAAAACCUUUGAGGUCAGAGGAUUGGGAUAAACUUAAGGAAGAUUUCAAAGGAAAGGUCAGUUUUGAAAGUUGGAUCAGUUCACAGAUGGCCCACCAUCAUAGCUCUGUAGAUGUGGCUAAAUCUCUGCUGGCAUGGGUAGCGUCAAAAAACAAUGGUAUUGUAGGCUAUGAUUUACUGGUCAAGUAUUUAUAUCUCUGUGUCUUUCAUAAGCAGACAUCAGAAGUUAUUGAUAUUUAUGAAAUCAUGAAAGCCAGAUAUAAAAAUUUAGAGCCUGGAGCAUACACUCUUCUCAUCCGGGGAUUAAUCCAUUCAGACAGAUGGGGAGAGGCCUUGCUGCUGUUAGAGGACAUCAAAAAAAUUAUGAUCCCUUCAAGAAAGAACUAUGAUGACUGUAUCCAAGGAGCCCUCCUUCAUCAAGAUGUAGACAUAGCUUGGAAUUUGUAUCAGGAAUUGCUAUCUCAUAAUCUCAUUCCUAUGUUGGAAACUUUAAAAGCCUUCUUUGAUUUUGGAAAAGACAUAAAGGAUGAUCACUAUUCAAAUAAACUACUAGACAUUCUUUUGUAUCUAAGAAAUAAUCAGCUGUAUCCUGGGGAGUCAUUUGCACACAGUAUAAAAACAUGGUUUGAGAGUGUUCCUGGACAACAAUGGAAAGGACAGUUUACCACAAUCCAGAAAAGUGGUCAGUGUUCCAGCUGUGGGAAAACCAUAGAGUCUAUUGAAUUGAGUCCAGAAGAAUAUGAAUUUCUCACAGGAAAAAUCAUGAAGGAUGUGAUCGAUGGAGGUGAUCAGUACAAAAAGACAACACCUUGGGAACUUAAGACAUUUGAGAAGUUUGUAAAAUCCUGUCCUCCUUUUGAUAUUGUCAUCGAUGGUCUCAAUGUAGCCAAAAUGUUUCCUAAAGCUCGUGAAUCUCAAGUUCUCUUGGAAUUAGUUUCUCAACUAGCCAAACAAAAUCUGCGACUGCUGGUCCUGGGCCGGAAGCACAUGUUAAAAAAGAGUUCUCGAUGGAGAAAGGAUGAGAUGGAAAUGGUGCAAAAGCAAGCCAGCUGUUUCUUUGCUGAUGACAUCUCCAAGGAUGAUCCGUUCCUUCUGUAUGCCACACUGCACUCGGGGAAUCACUGCAAGUUUGUCACAAAAGACCUGAUGCGGGACCACAAGGCCUGUCUACCUGAUGCCAAGACCCAACGAUUGUUCUUUAAGUGGCAGCAGGGACAUCAACUGGCAAUAAGGAAUAAGUUUCCAGGAUCAAAAAUGAUCUUUCAGCAUAUUCUCAUCUAUAACACAGUGGUGCAAACAACUGGAGAUUCAUGGCACAUACCAUAUGACGAAGACCUGGUGGAAAGAUAUUCCUACGAAGUGCCAACCAAAUGGCUUUGCCUCCACCAAAAAACGUAAAGACUCUUACCUCUGUGCAAAAUUGUGUUUGAGUGCCCUCCUUCUUGCCAGCAGAGCUCUUAAAAUUGAUGCUUGUUUAGGGCAUUGCCUCUCUACUGAACAUGAAAGGGUUCUAUUAACACUGUUUUCUUUAUAUGUCAACAAAUUGAUUUUUUAAUUAAAUGAAAUAUAACAUCUUUUCACAACCAGCUUCAUUUUUUCUCUAGCAUUUAUUUUCAGAGGCUUAUCCAGAGUUGGAAAACUCAGUACAGACUGAAGCCUCCAUUUCUCCUAUGGAACCAGCUAUUCUACUUAGUUGGGUGACAAGUAAUACUUUUCAUAUCCAUUUUGCUACUUUUGACCUCAUCUUCCAGGCCUACCAAUGGCAGGACCAAUCCUUCUGGCCUUGGGAUACUCAUGUUGUUUCUAAACCUCUUCUCCCAUCUCUGACUUUGUCUUAUUUUUUUUUUAUUUUUUUUUUUUUAGAGACAGAGUCUCACUUUUCACCCUCGGUAGAGUGCUAUGACAUCAUAGCUCACAGCAGCCUCCAACUCCUGGGUUUUUAGGUGAUUCUCUUGCCUCAGCCUCCCAAGUAGCUGGGACUACAGGCGCCUGCCACAACGUCUGGCUAUUUUUUUUUGUUGUGGUGGUUGCAGUUUGGCCGGGGCUGGGUUUGAACCCACCACCAUCGGUAUAUGGGGCCGGCACCCUUGCUCACUGAGCCACAAGCGCCGCCCGACUUUGUCUUAUUAUCUGUACAGUAUCUUCUACCCACAGGGAAUUAUUUAUGGUCCUCUGUGGUAAACUGGCCAACUUUUAAUUAUUUAUCAUACAAUAAUUGUGGUUGAAGAAGAGGAGCAAUCACUUCUUUUUAGAUUAUGAUGAUUUCUUCUUCAUUCUAUAAGUUCUUUUCCAAAAUGGUUCAGCAUUUUGUAAACACCUUUUUUUUUUUUUUUGAGACAGAGUCUCACUUUGUUGCCCUUGGUAGAAUGUCAUGGCGUCAUAGUUUACAGCAAACUCAAACUCUUGAGCUCAAGUGAUUCUCUUGCCUCAGCCUUCCGAGUAGCUGGACUAUAGGUGCCUGCCACAACGCCAGGGUAUUUUUAGAGACAGGGUCUCAUUCUGGCUCAGACUGGUCUUGAACCUGUGAGCUCAAGCAAUCUACUGCUUUGGCCUCUCCAGUAGUAGGAUUACAGGCAUGGGUCACAGAUGUUUCAUCUUCUUACCCAUUUUCUAGAUUCAGCAUUACUGUAUGUCUGCUCUCCAACAGAAGAACUAUCCUAGUUUUUUUUUUUUUGAGACAGAAUCUUACUAUGUCACCCUCAGUAGAGUGCCAUGGUGUCACAGCUCAUAGCAACCUCAAACUCUUGGGCUUAAGCAAUUCUCUUGCCUCAGGCUCCCAAGUAGCUGGGACUACAGGCGCCCAUCACAACACCUGGCUAUUGUUUUUUGUUGCAGUUGUCAUUGUUUUAGCUGGCCCGGGCAGGGUUCGAACCCACCAGCCUUACAUGUGACCAGCACCCUACCCACUGAGCUAGGGGAACUCAGGCUGAAUGGUAGCACAUCCCAUAUUUAGAUUUAGAAACUUUGUUGUUAGCCACAUAACAGAAAGGAGGUAAAGAACAACAGGUUAGGAACAAUGGAGUACCUCUUAAGGGCCCAAGUAUCCCAGAUGGUUCACCAGUGUAGAACAUUGUGGAAGAGAAAUUAUAUUUUUUAAAAGUUCCAUGCCGAGGGUGGCGGGUUCAAACCCAGCCCCGGCCAAACUGCAACAAAAAAAUAGCCGGGCGUUGUGGCGGGCGCCUGUAGUCCCAGCUGCUCGGGAGGCUGAGGCAAGAGAAUCAUGUAAGCCCAAGAGUUAGAGGUUGCUGUGAGCCGUGUGACGCCACGGCACUCUACCCGAGGGUGGUACAGUGAGACUCUGUCUCUACAAAAAAAAAAAAAAAAAAAAAAAAAGUUCCUUAAUAGCUUUUAAUACCAUUCAAAAACAGAACUCUAACUUCUGUUUGAGAUAAAUUGAGAUAUAUCUGUCCUCUUUCCAGGAGUGGGACCCAUUCUGGGGCUGCUCAGAAUAAAAUGCACUGCCACAGUGACCUUGGGGUGUGAGGAUUCUUUGAAGGAAAGCAGUAACAAACACUUAGGCUGUCUGUUUGUGAUAACUGAGUAAAACAAAAGCUACCUGUCAAGUGAGGGCAAAGAUGCAAUGAAAAGAAGUAAUCCUUUAAAUAGCUGUACUUUCGGCUAGGCAUGGUGGCUUGGGCCUGUAAUCUUAGCACUCAGGGAAGCUGAGGUAGGAGGAAUGCAUAAGCUCAGGUGCUCAAGAAUAGCCUGAGCAAGUAUGAGA